UACCAGUCGUUACGUUCACAGUUGAAUGGCAAGCCGGUGAACUGCAUUCGGUUUUUUUUUUUUGGAUUUGUUUAUUGUUUUUAUUUAGUGAAGCAAUAUUUUGUAAAGUUAAUGUGCAUAAAUAAAUAGUUUAAAAUGGCACAUUUAACGGGUACACGUGUCAGCAUGUUCAACGAGUCCUUCCUCAACGACAAUGAGCACGAUUCAAAUGCCGUGCUCAUGGAAUUGGACAAGGGGCUACGCAGUGCAAAGCAGGGCAUACAAUGCGAGGCAAUUGUCCGCUUUCCGAGGCUUUUUGAAAAGUAUCCCUUUCCCAUACUUAUAAACUCGUCAUUUAUCAAAUUGGCCGAGUUCUUUGUGAGCGGCUCAAAUCUUCUGCGUUUCUGGGUGCUGCGUGUGUGUCAGCAGAGUGAAAAUCAUCUGGACAAGAUUCUCAACAUUGACAAUUUUGUGCGGCGUAUUUUUAUGGUAAUGCAUUCGAAUGAUCCAGUAGCGCGUGCUCUCCUGCUUCGCACUCUAGGCGCCGUGUCACGCGUAAUACCAGAGAAGCCACAGGUGCAUCAUGCGAUACGCCGAGCUCUCGACAGUCAUGAUACAGUAGAAGUGGAAGCAGCCAUUUAUGCCAGCAGCUGUUUUGCCGCCCAAUCGAGCUCCUUUGCCAUCAGCAUGUGUGCAAAGAUCUCCGACAUGAUUGAAUCGCUGCAGGUACCGGUGCCGAUGAAGUUGCUGCUUAUUCCGGUGCUCCGUCACAUGCAUCACGAUGCCAAUACAGCGGCCUUGGUCAGCAAGCUGUGCCUAGAGCUGUUGCCCAAGUAUCCCGCCCAAAGUUUUGUGGUGGCCAUCAUCAACACACUUACUCAAUUGUCGUCACGUACACUGGUGGGCGUGCCAGGUCAACUCAAUGUGUUGCUCGAUUUCAUGCAGGAUUUGCGUACGCCGGUGCGUAUUCAAGUACUCCGAUCCUUCAAUGAACUUGCCGGCAAGCAGAGCGUCAAUGCCUGGCCCAAGCCUGCCAUCGGUGCUCUCAUCGAGAAAUUCAAUCUCUGCAAAAAUGGAGCGGAACAGUUUCUCUUUCUCUCCAUUCUCUUGAAGCUGAGCGAGUGUCCACUUACUUGCCAGCAUUUAUUGUUGGAACAUCGUGACGCUUUGCUGCGCCUGUGCAAUGAGUGCAUCAGUAAAUUGGAUGAUUAUACCACAGCUACACAAGCAAUGGCUGUGCUGGCUGCCUUGUUGGCAUUUGGUCUCAAGAAACAGGUCGCACAAGUCGACGACAUCUUGGAUAUGGUAAACCUACAUAUGGAGGGGUUGCUAUUUUGUACGGCCCGUCGUGCGGAGUUCAAUCGAGAUCUGCGGCGUGUGCUGGCAUAUGGCAUACGCAUUACCCAAGCCAAUGCAGAUUUCGGCGCUGACUUCAUUGAGAUGGUAACCAAUACGCUUGGGGACAAUGUGAAUUAUCCGCCAGAUAAUUUACAGCUCAUUUGCGAAGCGGCUGUUGGGCUCUGUGAACACUUUCAACUGCGCAAGUAUGCAUUUUCCACAGCUGAAGGACUAGAAGAUGAAGCAGCCAUGGAAACGGAAGAGCCUGCACCGGCUAAGCCGAAUCCAAUGCUCGCCCGUCUGCCGCUUAUUCUGUACAAGCUGAACAAACUGGUGGACAGCGAGGAGCAGCCAGAGCAGUUGCUGCGCACAGUGGAAAUACUUAGCGCUUUGGUCUGCCAAACGACCAUGGGCUGUUACCUGCCGCAGGAGGUGGUACACUGCUUCGAGAAGUGCAUUGACCGCGUCAACUGUUGGACUCUCUAUCGCAUAGCUCGCACGGCUAGCCGCUAUGGACAUCACUACGUUGCGGCGCACAUAUAUACGAAGGUCUCACAGAUUGUGAUCAGUGAUCAUAUGCACUACUUUCUGGUGGCUCUGUCGCAGAUCUCGCAGGCUGAAUGUAUACUUAACUAUGGCUUAGAAUAUUCGUAUAUGCGGGAUAAUUAUGGGCCCACGGAAGCACCUGCGCCAUUGUUGCCGUUGAUGAGGCGCUUGGAAGCGGCAAGCAAUCUGUAUCAGCAGGCGCUGGCCAGCAUGCGUGCUUGCUCUUCGCCCCAACAUCCGUGUAGCUUUCAACUGGAGUAUCUGAAAUUGCGCGCACAAUUCCUCCAAACUUUGCACUUGGCUGUAACGGUGAAGAAUGCGCAAGUAAUAGUGCCACCUCCGGCGAUUGCGGGCAGCCUUGCACAGAAUUCACGUGAUUAUUUGCAAAAAUUUGGUCAUGUAACGAAUCAGUUGCGCAAGCUGGUCAAGUCGCUGAAGGCUUGUGAAGAGACAUAUGCGCGCCUCUAUAAGUCAUCAUUUGACGCGGAUAAUGUGACGUUGGAGUUUCUUGAAGUAGCCGAAUUUCAAUGCGCGCUUUUCGCCCAUAUUAUCGAAUCAAUUUGUUAUGCUACGCCACCAGAACCGCCUGUCUUCCUGACCACAGGCAAUCAUCCGGAGACGCGCUUCUUUGCUGCUAGCUGUCAGCGAAUGGAACAAAUGCAGAAAAAUCUACCACAGGAACCUCCCAAUGCCAAAACCAUUAGCAACAGACAUUUAGACGUGAUCAUUGCUCUGAUUGAAAUCAUAACAAAGACGCCGCUGUGCUUGCCGCGUUACUUCUUCCAGAUACUGCAGUCUACACAGAUAAAGCUGUCGGUUAGCCCGCAGCCUCGUAGCAGCACAGAACCCGUCAUUGUGCAGUCUGGCAGCAAUUUAGUCAUCAAGGUUGAGGGUGUACUGCAACACUUUAGCAAACAGCAGAAGCACUUCCGACGCGUAGACUCAGUGCAACUGAGUCUUACAUCGCAGUUGCUAACGCCACGCCCUGGCAACGAGAUGGUGAAGUCACCCAACAACGACACAGUCACAUUGAAUCAAAUUGUGAAACCACAACGUGAUUUCCUCUCAGGUAGCUUCUUGCUGCCCAUCUCCAGUGGCGGCCAGUUUCAGGUAACGUUGGAAACAUUUGUAGUGGAUGAGCAUGGAAUAACUUGGUGCACGGGUCCGAAAAGCUCAAUGGUGGUGAGAGUGCUGGACGAUCCAACAAAGCCGGCUGCAGCGCCAGUGGCUAGCACUUCUCAAGCCACAAGCCAAGCAAGGCGCUACUAAAACAGAGAAUAACAAUAAUGUCAAGUUUAAAAUAUGAAUUUAAAUUUGGCGGUUAACUUUAACAAUCACGCAGCACUGCAUUGGGCACAAGUGGCAUCAGUGCGUU